GACUGACAGUUCUGGCUAAGUAGGCUGUGGGAAAGAGACACCUCUUCAGUCUGAUCACUGAGCUGCAGAGUUUUGAGCUUCAGCUGGGAUCUUACUCUCCAGUGUGUUUGCCAAGAGAAAUAUAUUCUCUCAGCAUGGCUCGUAGGCUGGAGUUAAAUCAUGAACUUUCUAAACUUUUCAAUGAGCUAUGGGAUGCAGAUGUUAACCGCUUUGUGCCUGGGAAAGAUUAUACAAUUGACUUACAGGAAAAAGCAGGCUUUGUACAGCAGGGUAGCGGGGUUGCAAGGGACAGUGCAUCUGAGCCUCUGUUUCGCUACGUAAAUGAAGAGCGUCUGAAGAGCAUAAAAACUUUUGCAGCUUUUGUUUCCCUAUUGGACAACUAUGAAACGUCAACUGGUGUAGCAGAAGUUGUGACCCCACAAGAAAUGGCUGAAAACAAUCGUUUUCUUGAUGCUAUCUUAGAAACAGAAGUAAUGAAACUUACUCAUCAAUAUUUAGUUAGAAAAAAUUGGUCAAAGCCCAGUCUUAAUGAUUUCAAGUCUCAGCUCUAUGGCAUCUGGUUUCAACUAUACACCAGGGAAACAGGAAAGGGGCCUGAUUCCUGUGGAUUCGAACACGUGUUUGUCGGAGAAACAAAGCAUGGAAAAGAGAUUCUGGGUUUGCAUAACUGGGUACAGUUUUACCUUCAGGAAAAGCAUAAACAAAUUGACUACAAAGGCUAUAUUGCCAGGAGGAAAAAUAGCAGGCCUGAUGAAGAUGAUCAAGUUCUGAGCCUACAAUUCAGCUGGAAAGGUCUAGUAAAACCUGUGGGAAGCACCUUUAUUGGUGUCAGCCCUGAGUUUGAAUUUGCCCUCUAUACAAUCAUUUUUCUACAGUCUCAGGAAAAGGUCACUCGUGAGAUGGUGCGGAUAGAGGAGUAUGAACUACAGAUAGUUGUGUAUCGCCAUGGUAAAUACAUUGGAACAGCGUAUCCUGUCCUCCUUAGCAGCAACAAUGAAGAUUUGUAUUGAAAAGGGCCAAGCUAACCUGAUUUUCUUUUUGAGUUUAACUGUAGUUUUGUAUAAUUUUAAAUGUCAUGUUUGGAAUAAUUUCCUUUUGUUCUGUAUUAAGAUGCUUAACCUAAGAUGUGCCUUUUAAAGAAACGUUCAGUGCCUGUCCAGGCUUUGAAAUCCUUUUUAUCACCGUAACCCAAGAAUGAAAGAAAUUGUACUAAAGUGCCUUCAUAAAUCUGUACUUUAACUUCCUGACCAGACAACAGUUUUUUAAACUAUCCCCUAUUAAAAUGAAUAUAGGGUUUUGAUCAAACCAUAUAAAAUACAGACCAGAAUAUCCCAUAAUAAGUGAGUCUUGUGGCGUUAGUGUUGAAAUUAAGCCCUCUGUUAUAGCAGUGUAAAACAAUACUGCAUAGCUGUAUUUUGUGUUCCCAUCCUCAGUUAUAGGCUGAGAAAAGGAUUUCUGCCAAUGGCAAUCUGGACAAUUAUGACAUUAUCCCUCCCCUUCCCAACCAGCACAAGCCUUAUGGACACAGAAGGACUUCCUGGAAUGAAAGUCAGUGCAGCAUUUAUCACACUACAUCUAAUCACUCUUCUACAGGACAGGACACAUCUUAAAACAAUGAUUAAUGAAGACUAGCAGGAAGCCAGAAUAAGUUGACUGCCUGAAGCCUGAGCUCUGAGGAGACAGCAAAGUCUCUGUCAACCCCAAAACCUAUUAAACUCCCCAAAAAAACAGAACAGAAUGUGGCAGGGGAUGGAUUCUCCAAAAACAAUUUAAAAAUCAGUAGUAUACAGUAAGAGACUUUAGGCAAGGAAAAAUACGCCCGUGUCACUUGGGGUAGAAAUCCAAAUCUCAGCUGUACAGGAGGAGUCUCCUGAGAUAGUAACUACAAAUAACCUGCUGAAAAACUCUUGGCAGACAGUGAAACUUAGGAAAAGGAAGAUAGGAAAAGACCAAAGACUCUAGAGAUCCUGCUGGCAAUGGCAGAAGUGAAGCUGAACAAGAGAACUCAGAUACCUGAGGAGUAACCUAAAAAUUAACUAAAAGAGAUUUCUUGGAAGUCACCAGGAAUGAACAGUUAGCAGUAACAAUGUUAAUGUUAUAAAGAAAAUAGUUUGCGUUAACUGGGGAGCUCAUAACUCUGUGAUAGCAUGUUCUCUAUUUUAAAAAGUAGAGAAGACAAUAAGAGGGAGUGGAUUGUUAGGGGGAUCCCUAACAGGAGUGGAGGGCCUGGAAAAUAUAGAGAGGAGUUUGGAGGAACCUUUAAGAGUUCUGUGUAAAUCCUCCCCAUGUAACUCAAAUAAGUGGAUGGUAAGCUAUCCCUAAUGGUGUGGGUUAAGGUCCCAUAGGACGAGAAUGUACCUCCUUUGGAUUGAAAGAGAAGCAGUACAAGUGUUCAUGGGAAGAGCACAGGGAUUUGGUAUUAGCAAAGGGAUUUGGGGACUCCUUUAAAUGCUAUGUUGGUGUUUUGUGUGUGGAUUUAAAGUAAGAGGAAUGAAGGAGAGGGGAGGGAACUGACGAGGCAGGGGGGAAUUACUACAAGAAAUAGGUAGGGAGGUUUACAGAACAGAAACCAAGGUACACACUUGCAUACACAGAGUAAUAGGAAAUGAGACAUUGGCCAUAUAAGUGGUCAGGCCAUCAAACAGCAAUCAAUAAUUAUCAUAAUUUCACAUUUUCAAUAAACUAAAUAGUUAUUCUCAAAAGCUCUUCCUUUCAAAGUAGUAUCUUUGAAUGCCAAAGGGCUAACUGUCAUUAAAAGGAAAAAACAUGCUCAGAUUAUUCUACUUUGAGAAAGUUAGUUUCAGAAGGGACAAAUUAUAUAUAGAAAUAUGAAUAGAAAGCUCUGACUACAUUCCAGUAUAACAUCUCUUUAAAUCAAUGCUCACUGUUGUAAUGAUUGUUGUGUUCCUGAUAUUUUCAUAGCAAGGAUUUGUAAAUCUACUACUAUUUCCUAAUUAGUAUUAAAAAUGAUUCACCUCUUGGGCCAGUCUUCACAUGAGCCCCCCACACAAAAUCGAGAUGGACAAGGUACAAAACUCCCACUGACUUCAGUGGGGCCAGGACUUCUCCUAUUUGUCAUCCCCAAACAGCAUCUCCAUCAGCACAGUGCCCCCUAACUGGUUAUUGUCUGGCUAUACCGAAAGAAGAACAGGAGGACACUUGAUACGGUUUUAAUCAGGUCGCAACUUUAUUGUUAGAUGUCUGAGACUACCCGGCAGAUAAAAGUGUACAGUGCAGGUAACUCCAUGUUCAUUCAACAACUACUCUGUGGGCUUCUGAAAGCCCCCUCUUUUUCCAUUCAGGUCCCCCAGCCAACCCAUUGCUGAAACCUUACCAUACUCCUCCGAACGAGGGUUAAGGUGAGCUAUAAGAAAAGUGAGUUGGCACCCCACUCUGUGAGUCAGAGUAACACCGAACUCCCCCCCCCUUUCUGCUCCUUUAACCAACAUCUGCUUUUUAAGUCCUUUUCCAAGCCAUUUAGCUGGUCACUGUAUCCCUUCCCUAUGGAGUACCCGCACUAGGCGGCCACCCCACAUAAUGAGUUGCGACACCAUAGCCUAACACCUUCUCCCCUCACCAUAACAAAGCUCUCCCCAAUCCCACCGUGGGGAAGGUGAAAAAAAAGCCCACCCCGCCUAGGCCAAUCUUCCUUCCCAGCCUCCCUAGAAAGGAGCGGCUAGCGCGAUGCCUGCAGCAGGGCCUGAUCAACCUUUUUUUUUUGCCACCUCAAGGAGAGGGAGGCUGGCUGCUGCUCCACCCGCUCCCAGGAAAAGGGGCUUCUCCUGCUGGGCUUGCCCCUUUUGAACUCCCCCACCCUCCAGUCCCUGGGGAUGACUCAGCAUCGCCAAGCUGACCCACUCUCCCUUUUGCAGUUUCUGAGCCUCACUCCCCGUCCUGGCCGUAAAGCACUAUUCCCUCCUCCCCCAACUUAAAGGUGCAGUGUGGUUAUUAGCUUUGUACUGAAUCAGAAGGAUGCACAUAUAAUACCAAAUCAUCCCCCAAAGCCCCCUGCUUUAUAAGGCCCAGGAGCCUUCCCUUAAGACCAAUUGGGUAUCAGGUAAUCAGUCCAGGGGCACUGCCCCCCCCCCACUGCCUCUUAAAGGGUCCCUCCAUGGGUUAAUAAAGGCCACUUCAUAAUUUUAAUUAAAUGAAAUUCUAGUGUAGUUUAAAAUAUGUUUUUUAUUCAAUAGUUCUUAUUGCUAUACUGGGCUCCUCAGGCCUGGCUUCCUCUCAGUGGGGCUCAGAUGCCUUGCUGGGCUCCUUGGGCCUGGCUCCUUUCUGUUUUGGGGAAAAAAAUAAGUGUCCAAGCUCUCCCAUCAACAGCGCCAAGCUAAACAGGUACUCAGAGCAGACUGUGCAGCUCAGCAUACCAUGUUAUUUUCCCUCCUGUCUUACAUACUGUGAUGAGUAGUCAGGGGUGAAAGUAACUUAAAGGACUUACCGGUACUCCAGAGUCCUUGGGGUGGGGCCUCAACUGGAAGAGGCGGGGCCUUUAAAUCACCAUUGGAGGGGGCCCAGGCCUCUGGUGGAGCUUUAAAGGGCCCUGGGCUCGCCGUAGUAGCUGCAGCUGGGAACCU